AUGAGGUCCUUUUCUACUUCAACUAGACGUGCAUUAGCAACCCCAGUUGGUGCUAAGCCACCACACAUGAAGAAGUUCCAGAUUUACAGAUGGAACCCAGACAAGCCUGCUGAGAAGCCACGCAUGCAAACCUACGAUGUUGACCUCAACGCUUGUGGACCAAUGGUACUCGACGCCUUACUUAAAAUUAAGAAUGAAGCCGACCCUACGCUCACCUUCAGAAGGUCCUGUAGAGAGGGUAUCUGUGGGUCAUGUGCAAUGAACAUCGAAGGUCAGAAUACACUCGCUUGUCUUUGUAGAAUAGACAGAAAUGAGAACAAAGCUAGCAAGAUUUACCCACUUCCACACAUGUACAUUGUCAAAGAUUUAGUUCCAGAUAUGACACAAUUCUACAAGCAAUACAAGUCCAUUGAGCCAUACUUGCAAUCAGACAACGUCCCAGAUGGCGUCGAACACCGUCAAUCACCUGAAGAGAGAAAGAAGCUUGACGGUAUGUACGAAUGUAUCCUCUGCGCUUGUUGCUCCACUUCCUGUCCAUCUUACUGGUGGAACCAAGACGAAUACCUCGGUCCAGCAGUACUCAUGCAAGCAUACAGAUGGAUCGCUGAUUCUAGAGACUCAAAGGCAGCUGAACGUAAGGAAAAACUCGAGAACACUUUCAGUUUAUACAGAUGUCACACUAUUUUCAACUGCACACGUACCUGUCCAAAGGGUUUGAAUCCAGCCAAGGCUAUUGCUGAGAUGAAGAAGGAGAUGGCAACCGCAUAG